CGGCGGGCCGGGCCCGGGAGGCGGUGGGCCUGCAGCGGGCCGGGGCCGGCAGCGGAGCGGGCAGGGCCGGGCAGGGCCGCGGCGGGGCCGGGACGUGGCGGCGGGGCCCGGUCCCGGCGGGCAGCGCCAUGGCCGAGACCAUCAUCAUCCGCGUGCAGUCGCCGGAGGGGGUGAAGCGAAUCACGGCCACGAAGCGCGAGACCGUGGCGACGUUCCUCAAGAAGGUUGCAAAAGAAUUUGGCUUCAGGAAUAAUGGCUUUUCCGUGUACACCAAUAGAAACAGGACAGGCGAGAUCACAGCAGCACAAAACAAAUCCCUCAACUUGCUGAAGAUCAAGCAUGGUGAUAUGCUGUUCCUCUACCCCUCGAGCCCGGCUGGCUCCUCCUCAGAGACCAUGGACACCUCUGUCUCCCAAAGCUUGCGGCCUGUGGGGGCCCCUCAGGUGGUGGAAGAUGAGAUUGACCAGUAUCUGAUCAAACAGGAUGGCAAGAUUUACCGGAACCGAGACCAGCAGCUGUGUCGCCAUGGCCCCUUGGGGAAGUGUGUGCAUUGUGUACCACUGGAGCCUUUUGAUGAGGAUUAUUUGAACCAUCUGGAACCUCCUGUGAAGCACAUGUCGUUCCAUGCCUACAUCAGGAAGCUGACCGGAGGGGCAGACAAGGGGAAAUUUGUUGCCCUGGAGAACAUCAGCUGUAAGAUCAAGUCAGGCUGUGAAGGGCACCCUCCGUGGCCAGAAGGCAUCUGCACAAAGUGCCAGCCAAGCGCCAUCACUCUCAAUAGACAGAAAUACAGGCAUGUUGACAACAUCAUGUUUGAGAACCACACAAUUGCAGAUCGCUUCCUCGACUUCUGGCGGAAGACAGGAAACCAACACCUCGGGUACCUCUAUGGCCGGUACACAGAGCACAAAGACAUCCCCCUGGGCAUCCGGGCCGAGGUUGCUGCCAUCUAUGAACCCCCACAGAUUGGCACCCAGAACAGCCUGGAGAUCCUGGAAGAUCCCAAAGCUGAGGUUGUGGAUGAGAUCGCGGCAAAGCUUGGGCUGAGAAAGGUUGGCUGGAUAUUUACUGAUCUGGUGUCUGAAGACACACGGAAAGGGACUGUUCGAUACAGCAGAAACAAGGACACGUAUUAUCUAAGUGCAGAGGAGUGCAUCACAGCUGGGAACUUUCAGAACCAGCAGCCCAACAUCUGUCGCCUUUCUCCAGAUGGUCAUUUUGGAUCCAAGUUUGUCACAGUGGUGGCUACAGGUGGUCCCGACAACCAGGUCCACUUCGAGGGGUACCAGGUCUCGAAUCAAUGCAUGGCUCUGGUUCGGGAUGAGUGCUUGCUGCCCUGCCGAGACGCACCGGAGCUGGGCUACGCCAAGGAGUCCAGCAGCGAGCAGUAUGUGCCCGAUGUGUUCUAUAAGGACAUAGACAAGUUUGGCAACGAGAUCACACAGCUGGCUCGCCCGCUCCCGGUGGAGUACUUAAUCAUAGAUAUUACUACAACUUUCCCCAAGGAUCCAGUCUACACAUUUUCUAUUUCUCAAAAUCCAUUCCCCAUCGAGAACCGUGAUGUGCUGGGAGAAACUCAGGACUUCCACAGCUUGGCCACGUAUCUGUCCCAGAAUACUUCCUCCAUCUUCCUAGACAUCAUUUCUGAUUUCCAUCUGCUCCUCUUCCUGGUCACAAACGAGGUCAUGCCUCUGCGGGACAGCAUCAGCUUGUUACUGGAAGCUGUGAGGACCAAGAAUGAGGAGCUGGCACAGACCUGGAAGAAAUCAGAGCAGUGGGCCACCAUCGAGCAGCUCUGCAGCACGGUGGGGGUCCCGCUCUCGGGACUGCAGGAGUACGGGGCCAUGGGUGGCUCGACGCACGCGGCGGCAGCGGCCAUGUGGGCCUGUCAGCACUGCACCUUCAUGAACCAGCCGGGCACGGACCACUGCGAGAUGUGCAGCCUGCCGCGGACCUAACCAAUACACAGCAACCCCCAGAGCAGCAGCAGUGGUGCUUGUCCCUCCCUUGUCCUCCCUUCAGCUUCCCGGGGUGCGGAGCCGGUGCGGGGGGGAGGCUCCAGCAUUUCCCACCUUCCCAACCCUGUGAGGGGCAGCCCCGUAGCAGGAGCGGGCGCCCUGGCUUUAUCUUGAUGCUGGGUAACCAACGCUUAACCUCAGCCUUCACCCCACCACCCCCAGCCCUUCUCUCAGCCCGCUGUGGGUGAGCACUGGGGGCUUGGGGACCCCCCAGGUGCUGCCCAAAGCACCCUCCCUGCGUGGUGGAGGUGAUCGGGAGGCUUUGGCAUCCCCCUGCCCGCAGCUUCGCUCCCCUUUCCCUGCUCCUGCGAGUGCCCAGGUCCCAGGUGCUUCCACACAAACCAGCCCAGGGCGAGGGCCGGGCCAGACUGCAGCUCUGCCAGACCCGGCCCUGUGCCGGAGCAGGAUGGGCUCCCCCUCGACACUGGACAUGUGGCAGCCCUUGUUUUGGCACCGCUCCUGUAGCACACAUUCUCAUGCGCCAGGAGAUGCUCUGGCAUCAGGCUGGGUGCACCCCACAUCCUGCCCCUUCCCUCUGGGUGCCACAUCACCCUGCAGGGAGCACUGUGUUGUUCUCUGGGGCAGCAGCUCGUCCCCUCCUCUGAGCGAGGCUGGGCAGGGGCAGACACAGAACUUGGGGCACCCGCGGGCCUUGGCCGGGGGAGGGAGCUGCGCCCCACAAGUGGUGCCUUCCCCCAUGUCCCUUCUGAGCUCUUCCCCCCCCCCCCCGGUGCUGGGGCUUUCUCUCCCCUUCAGACCCGAGCAGGGCCAGGCAGAUGCUCGCAUUGCCCCAAGGGUUUGACCCUCCUCUCGCUGGAGCCCCCCAGCCCUGGCGCUGUGGGUCUGGGCCUCAGUUACCCCCGCCCCGGGGUGCCGGCUCCAGCGCUGCCCCGUGCUCUGCUCACAGCAGAGAGGCCCCAUCCUGCACCAGGACAGCGCGAGCCCCGCCUCGGGCACGGCGCAGGGUCCCCGGUUUGCUUUCCCCUGGGUGUGCGGGUGUUGGUGUGCGGGGCCUGACCCGGCGCGGGGUCACCUUGAAUAAAGAGCACCUGAACCGAGA